CCUUAAAGCAUGUUUAUGGUCGCUUCUUUAGAAAUAAGCAUCUGCAGGAAGACAUCUCUGGAGUGAAGGAUGGCUUCCCUUUCAUUGUUAGGCUUCUGGCUUUUCUCUCUUACCCAGGCGACACCUGAACUGCAUUCAACCGAUCAUUUGCGGAUGUUUGCCUUACAAGGAGAUAGUGUUACUUUACCAUGUGGCAUACCUUCUAUUAAAUCCUGCUCCUCCAUCAACUGGCUCAUGGAGGAAAGGUUUGGAUUUGUUUCUGAGGUGGUGAAGGCUGGGAGAGUGAUAGCUCCAAGUGGCCACAGGCACCGCCUCUUAAAGGACUGCUCUCUGGAGAUCACUCACCUGGAUCUCAAUGACACGUGGUUUUACUCUUGUCAAAGUGGAUCUCUCAACUCAAAUGUUUCCCUUCAGCUUCUUGAAAUUUCCGAGAGCAAAAGCUCUAAGGACCUGAUAGAGCUUCACUGUUUCCUCAAUACUUUUAAAGGAAGCAUCUGUAGCAAAAAUGAUGGGACACACAUAAAAUGGAGUGCUGAAGACGACACACCGAUAAAUGGGAGUAGAUUUAGAGUUGAAAACGAGUGCUUCUCUAAACUGUUCAUCACUAAAAAACCGACGGACCAUCACAGAAAAUGGAAAUGCCAUCUAACCCAGAAAGAUGAAGUCAAAGCCACCACCAGUUACACAACAACAGUAGAAGGUGGCAUUGAGGAAGUCUUUGCUGCUGUGGGUGAGUCAGUGUCACUCACUUGCAGCACAACUUCCCUUCUUGGGCCACGAGGCACCCCAGUGUGGGCUAUGUGGGGGAAGCCACUAAAAGAACAAAGCCAAACAAAGGCAUUUAAUGUGAACAAAGACUCAAAGCUGCUCAUCGGUGAGGUGAGUUCUGUGCAUGCCGGAGACUACGAGUGCUCAGAGUCUGCUGGUGAGCGUAGCAUAGUGCUCAAUACAGUCCGACUGCACACCCUCGACGUGAUUGCAGAGCCUGGACCAGGAGAACAAAAUCUCACCUUGACAUGUCUGCUUACCUGUGCUAAACAAUGUGAAAGUGACUUCACCUUGACUUGGUCUGGAAGUGACCAAAAAGGCCGGCAGAGUGAACUGAUGAGUGUCAACAACACCCUGAUAAAGGAGCUACGUGUCCCAGUUCGGUCAACGAGAUCAGACGAACUCACCUGCUCCGUGCACAGAGAGGGGGCCCGGGUAGCAUCGAAGAAGUGGGGCUCUGUUCAUUCUCUGCAGACAAGUGCUUGGGUAGGCCUUCUCAUAAGCCUCCUGGUGUGCGCGGUGGCUGGAGGACUCUGCACUUACAUACAUAAGAGGAAGCACAACAGGGAUGCAGAGACUGAUGAGGCCAGUAUUGGAAUGACUCAUGUUUACGACGUCAUUCAAGAGGUGAAUAAUGAGGAACUACAAGAGCAAGGACCAGUCAAUAGAGAAACCACAGCUUUGUAUGAUUUAUUACAGGCUGUAAACUAGAUUGAACAACAGAGAUUUAUUGUUAUUAUUAUUAAUUAAAGAUUUUUCUUGACAUGAA